UUGGAAAAUGAUCAGCAGGCGAGAAGAACGUGUUGCGGUUACAGUCUGUUUUGGUUGUGAUUGAGUGAAUACAGAGAAAAAUAUACAGAAGAAAUCACAUGAAAUAGGAAGGUUCAUAUUGUGCGAGUAAGAAGAAAAUUUACGACAGUGGCAACGAUAAAGGUAGAAGAAAGAAACAGGAAAAAAGAAAAAUAAAUGAAAGACGGUAAAAAUAAAAUACUGAAUGAAAGAAGAGAAACGGGUAGAUAGAACUGGAGAACGAAUGGGUAGAAGGACGAAUGGAAGGAAGAAAUGAAAGAAUUUCUAUGUGAAUACAAAUAAAAGAUAGAACGAUAAACGGAGCAGGAGGGACAGGCUGAGGAUGAAGAGAGACUAGAAGAGCAAAGUAGAGGGACGCGGAGAGGUUGUCGAAAGUGGGGAGGUUGUUAUAAGAAAAACAGAAGAAAGGCAGAGAAUAAUCGCAGUAAAGAAGAAAGUCGUGGAAAAGUUAUCUCGGUGUUAUUUUUGUUGGAUACGGUCAGAUUUACUGCUAUAUACCCAACAAUUACGGCGGAAAGCUCUUGCAAGUCUAACGUGUCACGCACAAACACACGAAUACGCACAGGUCGACACACAAGCAGACACACACACACACACACACACACGCACACGCACGCGCGCGCGAAUAUAUACACAUAUACAUACACACAUACUAUCGCGCGUAUCAUAUAAACAGAAAUACACACUCGCGCACGCACGCACGCACGUGUAUUGACACGCAUAUAUAAACAUCCACCCACACACACAUAUACACACAUAUAUACACGUACAUAUACACGUACGUACAUACAUACAUAUAUAUUUCAUAUAUAUAUAUAUAUAUAUAUAUAUAUAUAUAUAUUUAUAUGCGUAUAUACGUAUGUAUAGAAAUAUAUUUAUGCUUAUCGAAGUACAUGUUCACAACAAACAUACAAUGUGCAUAGCGAAGUUACGCAUCUAGGCGCAUACUUACAGAUAUAUAGAUACAAGAGAGAGAGAGAGAAACCCCCGUUGUUCUAACAUUUGGAGAGAAUUAGUAAGGUGGAUAGUUAGGUAGAUGAUUUUUCUUGAGAAAUACCUUCUUUUUUUACACAUUUACACAUCUGUGUCUCUGCCCGUCGAUCGAUCUCUCGACGAGCUCAUAGCAUCUCCUGUCACUCAGGCGCACAGACAAGCCUGUAUGUCUGCAAUCUACUACCUAUGUCUUUGUACAUGCGCCGAGCGUGAGUACCCUAAGAGUGUGCGAAGAACGGCAAGACAAAUACAAAACAAGAUAUACGGACGAGUCCUAACGAAUGUAGUUAAGUGAUAAAAAGAAAAGAAAAAAAAAAAUAGAAAAGGAAAAAAAAUCAAGAUAAAAAAAAAACAGAAAUUUUUUACAAAACAACCAAAGCUAAAAAACGGAAAUAUUAUCACAAAGUGGUCGAAAGAGAGCAGCGUAAGGACUACCAAUUUUUAACCCUAAGGAACACAACCUCCACCACUAACAGCAACGAAAACAACACCAGUAUUAUCACAAUCAGUGCCAUUAUUUCCAUUAGCAUUAUUUAGUACCGAAUACAGUGCGAAUAUGUCGGAAAAGCGGCGCUACUCCGAAUUGACACACACUUCAGUGAGACAAUCUAUUCCACAUCACAACUGUUACGCUCUCCAAUUGGCGAUGCUAGUGGCUGAAUUUGCACAACAAGUUGCUGUAGUAUAUGAAAAUUUUUCAAAGGAACUAGAUUCUGUGAUAACAACAUUUAGGAAAACAAGUAAAGAUUUAAAGAAAGACAGACCACCAAUUGAUAGUCCAACUUCCAUUUUUUCUGCUUGGGAAACAUUAUUUCAAGAAACUGAGAAUGAUGCACAGGUUUGUAUGCUUUCAAAACAUUGUCUUUCCUUUAAAUGUUUACAAUUUCGAAUGUUACAACUUCAAAUAUAA